UGGACAGCCAUCUCACUCCUCACGCGGACACCUUGGAUAUAAUGGAGAAUACACAUCAUUGCCCUAAUUUUUUAUUAGAAUACCAAGUCUAUUGUGGAUAUGAAAACAUCGCGUAAAUCUUCAUGAUCAUACAUGUGCUCUGGUGGAUGUUACGAACGUUUUUAUUACAUCUUCUCUCAUGAAAAAGGUCAAAAGUAACACCUAACGGUCUCGCUAAAGCCGUUUACUGUACGUUUCCCUGCACCACGGCUUUAGUGAACUGGUCCACUCCCUGCGUCGGAAAAGCCGAUGUCUUCAUUUGACUCCUUGCAGUUGGUAAUGGUGGAUCUUUCUCGGAUUUCCAAUGUGGAAACCAGCAUCCAAUUAGUUUGCGACUGAGCGCCUGGAGAGAGAGCGCAGCGGCACUUUGGCCAGCCAGUCACUCCAACACUUAGCCUACCUGUGCGCAGACGCAUGGUUGGCCGCUCUGUAUACGAGAAGCCACUCAUCAAGCGUUGUUGCAUUAAUUUUGAGGGGCAUUUUUACUUUUUUAAUUAUUUUUUUUACAUUGUAAAUUUAAUUCAACGCAUCGGAUGAACGGAUAAAACUGUACUGUCUGAAUAUAUCCUUUGGAUACAACUAGGGCUCCUUCUGACGCACCACGGAACAUUAAAUGCAUCGCUGUGUGUUGGGUUUUAAUACUGAUACCAAUUGCAGGUCUGCAAGGGCCAGAUUUAAGAUUCCUUCAUAGGAACUGAGUCUAAGAUGAAGUUAUGGGAUGUUUUGGCCACGUGUUUGUUGCUCCUGAGCUCCGUCUCCACACGCCCCCUCUACCAAAACAUUCAGCCAGCCAAAAGAACUCACUACUUGGAUUGGCAUAGUGAUUCUCUGUCCCUGUCUGUGGAGGAACCAGAGCCAGAGUUCCAUUCGGAGUCUCACAGCCUGCAAGAGAUUUCCAUGGAGGAUAAAUAUGACAUCACAGGCCCAUAUCCGGACCAGUUUGAUGAUGUAAUGGAUUUUAUCAAAGCUACCAUUGGCAGACUGAGGAGAUCAUCUGAGCCUAACGGCGGCUCAAGGGGUAGGAGGGAGCAGAGAGAGCAGGAGAGACAGAGAGGAGCAGCAAACACAGACCGCAGAGGAGGAGUGAGAGGAGAGGGGAGAGGAGGACGCGGGGAGAAGAAGGGUCGGGGGCGAGGUGGCAAAGGGAGGAGCAGUGAAAGAGGGGAGCAGCGGAUGAAGCCGGUUGGAGGCCGAGGCUGCUUGCUAAAAGAGGUCCAUCUCAAUGUGACAGACUUAGGGUUGGGCUACCGGACCAAAGAGGAACUGAUCUUCCGGUACUGCAGCGGCCCCUGUUCAGACGCAGAGACAAACUAUGACAAAAUCCUCAACAACCUCACCCACAACAAGAAGCUGGUCAAGGACACACCCUCCCGCACCUGCUGUCGACCAAUCACCUUUGACGAUGAUCUGUCCUUCCUGGAUGACAACAACGAGGACUACCACAUUCUGCGGAAGCAUUCCGCCCGCAAAUGUGGCUGUGUCUGACUCUGGGAGAGACAAAUGAGAGAGAGCGAGAAAGGCUGACAGACAGACAUGAGAAGGAGCAGUAACAUAAAGCCACUCAGAGGCUGGUACUGCCUCUUGGAGGGAAGGAACACAGUGAAAAAGAAGGGAACAUGAGACGGAUACACUCCACUCCAGUGGUGUCUUAGGACCCAUGGCCAGAGUUAGCAUGUCCUGUGUCCUACUCCUGAGAGGCUGCAGUGGGGUGAACAGGGAUGGUGUGAUCCCCAAACCUCCAGUAAUUAGGCUGAUUCAGAGCCCAGAUCAGGUCACAUUGGAGAAGGGACUCCUCUAUGCUAUAAUUACAUAGAAUUGACAUUACAUAGAAAUUCAGCCUAACGGUCUAUAAAAGAGACGUUGUCAAUUCAGCUCAGUAUUCACUUCAUGAUUGGAUCACGUUCUUGGACGCCUACAGGGGCAUACGGUCUCACUUACCUGUGGAACCAUGCUGUUACACUCACAGGCUUACCUGCAAUGGAGCUGCUGAAACUAAAUCAGACUAAGAGGAUUUCAGGAUAUUGUAUGCCGUUCCUCAAAAACGUCAGUUUUUCCCGGGGAGCAUCUUUUUUCCCAGGAACGUCCGUUUUUCCGUAGUCAGAUCAUGAGGCUUACAGUGAGAACAGAACUCUUCCUGAUGAGUAUUUCCAGCUGCAGUCCAGAGUGUUCUGGUUUCACUGCACAGACUGGAGCUUAACGUUUACAUUUCAAAUGUACCAGGGAACCUGUUGACUGGUUUAGUCCUACAGCAAAGAGACAGAUUGUCUGGUACGACACAUCAAUGUAAAA